CAUUGCAAAGUGAAUCAAUUUUUCAUGCUGGACAAGUCCACAUAAACUUUACAUUUUGAAAACUAUGGCGAGAUUAGAACCUUUAAAAGCGGUGAUUUUCAUACUCGUGUGUUUGAGUGUUACCACAGAGUUGGCAGGAGUACGAUAUGAUUUGCGUCGAAGAGGUGGUGGUCUUGAUCGGAUAUCAGGAAGACAGGAUGAUAAUUUCAUUCAGAUAAGAAACUGUCCAACCUACUGUAGUGGAUUUGGUUGGUGUGAUGCAGAGGGGGUGUGCCAUGUACGAAAGGGGAAUAGAAAUCAAAACCUGAUUGUACGGACAUCCAUUCAAAGGCAACAAAAUGACGUGAGGACUGUCGUUAGUAGUGUGGAUACGACACCUUUACAAAGGCAAUUGCCAGAACCAGAAUUAUCCACACAAAGUCGGAUAGUGACCAGGACAAUUCAGUCAGAAAUUGGACCUUCCCGGACAAGACAAGAGUCUGGUCAACCCAUCGUGCCACCCACUCCUUCCCCUGCAACACCACCGCCAGACUAUAAAAACCUCCCCCACCUUUGCAGAGGUCCUGAUUUUCAAUGCAUGGACUUUGUUCUGCCUCAAGCCAGCAAGUCAUGUGGGGGUGUAACAUGUCAAGUUUGCAACUAUAAAGGUCAAUGUGUAAGAAGCGAAGAGGAUGAGUUAGCUGAAUUCUGUAACCAAUGUAAAACUGAAAAGAGUGGGUGGUGCAAUAAAGACAGGCAGUGUGUAAUGAAGAAGAAAUGGUCAAAGUCUCAGUAGAUAGUCAUACUUAAGAUUAGUAAGUAUGCCAUUGUAUGAUAAUAAGUGUGUACGUGGAAAUGGAAUGGAGUAAAUAAAUUGUGCAUUGCUAGCUAAUUGAUGCUAUAAAUAAGUAGUUAAUUAUCUGUACAAUAUGUACAUAAUAUGUAGUAUUAAUUCAAUUAAAAUGUAUGGUUUACUUGAAUUUGAGUACUCCUAAACUCGUGUAACGGAAUAAAGGUUGAUAAUCCCAUUGAUUAAUUUCUUCAAUGGUUUUCAUUUACUAGGAAUUGAACAAUUCAGGUUUUUAUGCUUAUUUCGUAGUAAAGAAUUUGAUAUACAUA